AAUUGAGUAUCUACUUGGAAUCAUCCAAAUCAAAAGUAAGCUAUAGAAAAAGCUUGGACCAUAACAAACCAAACAUACAAAAAUCAAGAAAUGGCAAUUCUCUUCACACCAUUUUCAUAUUCUUUGUUCCCUAAAAAAUCCAAUUAUAAUUGCAAUAACAAUAAUAAUAAUAAUAAUAAUACCCCAAUUAGUUCCUUUGUUAUUUGUUCAUCUCAACAAAUAUCUUCACCAUCAAGAAUCUUGAUUGAUAAAUCUUUGUUAAGUGUAGCUGAAGCUAAGUCUACAAAUGAGUUGUGGGCUGCUUCUUGUCUUCGUGUUAGGACUUUUUAUGGCUUUCACAAUGAAACUGUCAACACCCAAGAUCAUACAAAGUACCUGACUGAACGUGAGUUUGAAGCGCUGACAGAACGUAUCGCUGGGAAAAGGGUCGGCUUUGGAAAAGUUUCUUGCAUCAACGCCACCCUUCCAUUUUCCGAAGUCUCAAAUGUUGCGAAUGAUUUGAGUACUUCUUGUAAUUUUUCUCAUGAUAAUGUGGAUUUAGUUGUUGUCGGGACCCUGGACGUUAACCAGUGCAUCAGGCUUCCGGAUGAAAUCACAGGAAUGAAACCAAAGGGAAUUGGAGCUGAUUUUGCUAGGGGAUACUUGAGUAACGUAUGCGUUGCUGGAGAAUUGCAAAGAAAUGGCCUCGGUUACGCUCUCAUUUCUAAGGCAAAGAUGGUUGCGAAAGACAUGGGUAUAAGUGAUUUAUACGUCCAUGUUGCCAUCGACAAUGAGCCAGCGAAGAAGUUGUACGUGAAAUGUGGGUUUGUACAUGAGAGCGAGGAACCUGCGUGGCAAGCGAGGUUCUUAGAUCGACCUCGAAGGCUUCUUUUAUGGACAGAUCUCUCCAAUUCUUGUGAUGUUUCAAUGUAAAAAAUGUACAGUCUUUGUUUUCAAUGUAUCAUUGAACAUGCAUUCCAUGUAACUUAUUGCAUUUUAUAUGCCAUAUUGAUAUUUGAACACGA